AUUUCCGGCAGACAUUUUCGUUACCAGACGAUUGAACUUUGCAGGGCCAGAAGUCAAAUACACGGAGUAUGAAAGCGUUUUUCAAGCGUGUGAUCAAUCUUUUGUGGAAGCGCGAUUUCGGACGGCAACGCCGUGUUCUUGUUCGUUUGCUCAGAUAACGCAGGGCCCAGGUUGCGUCAAUAUUAAUUAAUGUGGAUGACCUCGCUUCUGAAUUUUCAGCUCGGAUCCGAGUAACCGUCCUUCUCAGCAUCUCUAGUACUCCUUCACUCCCUGUUGGUCAUGGCAGUAAACAAACUUUCCUUUACAGCGCGGUACGCUCGUCAGCUCAUUCGCGAGAGCAUUUCUCGCCAACUUUGUGCUCUCCGUGAGUCCCACAAUACAGAGCUACCCAUUCAUCCCUCAGGCUUAGGCGGUGCCUGCUCGAACAAUACGUUGUUCGGCGCCAAUCGCCCUUAUGUUGAAGAAGCUCAUCUAGAUGACAGUAUUCCUCUGAAUGUCAAAUUCUGUAUUAUUGGUGCUGGAGUAGCUGGGCUAUAUAUCGCCAUGAUUCUCAAAGAACUUGGCAUACAAUUCGAUCUCGUUGAAGCAUCAGACCGCGCUGGGGGACGCUUGUAUACCCAUAAAUUCAGCGAGGCUCCUCAUGACUACUAUGACGUAGGGGCUAUGCGUUGGUUUGAAUCUCCCGUAAUGAAGAAAGCACUUGCUCUAUUCGAAGAUCUAAAUGUUCCGUUGAUUCCUUACUACAUGAAUGGUCAGAAUACUCCCAUAGUCUUCAACAACAUUUUGGGCCCGCCUAUGGACCUUGCGGAGUUCGACCCAUACAAGUUCAGCGUCGCAAAUGGCGGGACGGUCCCAGAUGAGUAUGUGGCUAUUGGAGUACAGAAAAUCCUUCAGGAGGCGUCAGCACCCUACUUGCAGCUUUUGAGAGAAGACUUCGAACAAGGUUUUAAAAAACUCAUGGAGGUAGACGAAUACUCUAUCAGGGAAUACUUGCGCGUAUACAUGCAACUUGAUUAUCAUACAUGUCAAUGGCUAGAGACAAAUAUUGCCCCCAGCGACUUCUUUGAUCAAGGUUUUACCGAGUACGUUAUCCUGAGCUCGGACUUCCACGAUCGGGAAGAAUACGGAUGGAAGUGCAUAGACGGCGGCGCGUCGGUUGCAAUUUCUGCUAUGCUAAACAGGAUUGCUCCCCAUAAACCCGAGUAUUGCACUACGGCUACUCGCAUCGCUUUGAAUCGUGUUCAUGAGAAAGUGGAAGUCAAGCUUGUAACUCCAUCGGGCCAAUCAUCCAUUCGUCGGUAUGACUCGGUUUUCAACACCACUCCCUUGGGUUGUUCACGAAACAUGGACCUCGUCGAUGCCGAGCUGUAUCCUGCGCAAAUAGAUGCCUUGCGUUGUUUGCGAUACGAUACAUCCUGCAAGGUCGCGAUAAAGUUCCAGACCCCAUGGUGGAUCACACGGUGCGGCAUAACGAAGAGUGGUACAUCAUUUGGUGAUAUCCCUAUCCGCACGUGUUGCUAUCCGUCCCACAGCAUCCACGAUGACCCGAAGGAGCCAGCCGUACUCAUCGCCUCAUACACAGUGGGUCAGGAUGCCCAACGUAUAGGGACCCUGAUUAAUCGGGACUCGCCUUCUGGGGAGUCACAGCUUAAGGAACUCGUAUUGCGAGACCUUGCACGUUUGCACGCCAGAUCUGGGAUUACUUACGACUUUCUGGAAGCGCAGUACAUCACGCAUCAUGCGUAUGAUUGGAGAGAUAAUCCAUUUUCCGGUGGGGCAUUUACGGUGUUUGCGCCAGGGCAAUUCAGGCACCUGUACCCAUAUCUCAUUCGUCCUGCUGCUGACGGUAAAUUGCACUUUGCGGGGGAAGCCUCGAGUGCGCAUCAUGCGUGGGUUGUGGGUGCGCUUGAGUCGGCGCAACGGGCUGUCAUACUCUCGUUACUGAGGUUUGGACGUCGGGAUUUGGCAAAUAAGGUGGAAGAACGCUGGGGACCUUCGUCUGAAUUAGAUUGGGAAGGACAGGAAACCGCAUAUAUGCAGGCGAUGCUUGGUUACUCGGAACCCAAGUGUGUAGCCAGGAUGGGAACCCCAGAGAGCUACAGCGACCCAGAAGAGUAUCAUGAUUUCGAGGAUGAAAAGUCUAGUAUUUCCACUACCAAUGAGCCUGACAGUGACAAGAUGUCUGAUGGAAGAUGUUAUAUAGCAUGAUCUGAUGCUCGAGGGCUUAUAGAUAUCACACUCACUGUUGUUGUGAUGGCUACAGUAACAGAAAGACUCCUCCCAAUAUCGCAAUGAUUUCCAUCACUUGCACAUUAUCAAACCAAUGUUAACGUGCCCUUUGAGAAUCAUUCGAGC